UUUCCAUCGAGGGUCCGGUCUCAGCUGGCCAUUGCGGCACCGGUCAAGAAGCAGUUGAGAGCUAAGAUCACACAGCAUCCUGGGCUCAGCGACGGCCGUUGCUGGGUCGGAAGAUGGACACGAGGGAAGGCGAUGCAGAGGUCCGUCUUGCUAUCUAUCACCCACAGAUAUCCCUGACCCCAAACAAACCAUAAAAAGCCUGGAGAUUUGAAACAUCCGUCCAAUGAUGCAACCAGAGCGUUCUAGCUGAUAACUUUGUUUGGAGAUGUUUAGACACCGUAUCUGGAAGUGGAACUGCAUCUGGAUCCCCUCCGUGCAGACAUGCAGCUUCAGCAAGCACUCAUGAUGGACAGCGCGAGCGACUGUGCCAGCGAGCCCAGCUCGUCGCACAAGCGGAAGCAUUCGCACGUUAGCUCGAGCAUGUCCUACGCGACCCCAAGUUCGGAUGUGUCUGGCCGCUUUGACGAUGCAGAGGAGGAGCUAGAGACGGAGCAGCUUGCCUACGAUGAAGACGAUUGCGAUGAUGACGAUGCUGCUGCCUACUACGGUACCCAGUCUGCUCACUCGUCCAAGCGCAGACGCUCCAACGACUGGCCCCUCCGGAACGAGGUCGUGUACAACGAACAUGGUCUCCGCGUACCCAGCGGUGAUCAUGCAGCAGUGACCAACAGAAGCUCCCCUCGUUCCCGCACUCUGGGGUCGAAGGACAAAGCCAAUGGCUCUCCUUGCCUCCGGUACCGUCGUUCCAGGUUCAUUGAGGGUAGCAUGAAUGAUCGCGUCAGCGAGAAACCUCCGAGUAUCUUCGUGCGCGAUGAUGAGAUCAUGCAGGGAAAACAACUGGUGCACGACAGCCCUGCGCAGAGACACUCGGGCAUCUUCAAGUUUGGCAAGGCCAUUGCCGCUGCGUUCAAUCCGUUCGGGAUGUGGGAGAACGUUUCCGAUAUCUGGAAGCCCCCCCAGGACAGACCCAAAACGCAGAAGGAGAUCAUGAAGGAAAGGCAGACCCAGGCACAGAAGGCUUAUGCUGAACUCAAGAAGUCUGGGUACCGAGGCACGAAGGGCAACUUCGGACAGACCAGCAAUGGGGUGAAUCCGGAGAUCGCGGACCAGACGUGGAAAGCUAUACAGGAAAAGAUGGAGUACCGCAGUUCAGGUAACCAUAGCAGAAAUACCUCGGCAAGCUUAUCCACCAGAGAUGGGUACCAACCCUCAUUCAACGACAACAAAGAAAUGCUGCCCACUCCCGGCCGUCCCGAUCAAGUGUCUUCGUUCAAAUCAUCUCUCCAAGAUCUCCGCAAAGCGAGGUCUGCGUUGAGCAUUCCUUCCAUCAAACGCCGCGAUGGAUCUCCUCAGAGGCGGUCGCUUGACACGCCCUCGGAGGACUCCCAGCGUCCUUCGGUCCAUAAGCAACGGUCAAGAAAGGAGCUUGCCAGACAAGCCAAACUGAUGAAGAAAGUCAGCAACCUGGAAGACAAACUUGAAAGGGUCAGGAGAGAGUUGCGUGAGAUGACAGCCGAAUUGGAAGCACCCCCGGUGCCUCCGCUUCCUGUUGUAGCCUAUGACGCACUUCCUCCUAGGCGAUUUGUGCCAGGAGCUCUCCCAUCUCUGCCGUCUGAGCGGCUUCUCAAUAACCAGGCUGAAUCAGGCCCGGAACCGGUGUCUGCUCCUGCGCCAGCCCACAGCAUCCGUUGCGUCGAGUCGGGUAACGAGAGUGAGCAUGAGCAAGCACGCACGAGGAAGCUCUUUUCCACCCCGAAGGCGCGGAGGCUUCCCAAAGAGCAGAGGCAUCCUGUAUCUCAAGAUGCCUCUCCACUGAAGAGGAAGUCACCUGAUGUUAACCGGAAGCAAAGCAACGACAUCCCGCCCGAGGAACAGUACCAGGACGAGGGUGCGGAAACUGACAGAUCUUCCCGAAAGAAGCAAUCUGCAAGGAAGUCGAAGGCGCAGAAGUACUCACAAGGCGAUAGUCCGGGGGCUGUCGAGCGGAAACAGCUAGAAGAAUCAGACUCGACGGCUCUUAACAAGCCCAAGUCUCCCAAACAUUUGGCAAUGCCACGGACCCCGACCCCUCUGAGGCGUGUCCCGAACCUGAAGAAGAGAUCCUCGCCCUGUUCGAAGAUGAAGAAAUCGAGAGCGGAAUCGCCCUGCGAGAAAAUGACAGACGAAAUUGCGGAACCGCCUAGACUUGCGGAGUCUAAUAGAUCAUCACCUCAGCCUUUCUACCUCCAGUCUCAGCCUCAGCUGAACCCUACAGCUGAUCCGGACGCGGUCAUCAUCAGUCCCGGAAAGGGAUGGGGAUUCAACGGAGAAGAGAACAUCCCUCCUGUCCCGCCGGUGCCCCAGGAGCUCAUUGCAAACACCAAGAGAGAUAGCAGCUGCUCUGGAGCUUUGACGAGCAUCAAGGGAUCGGAACUGGGCCCGGGAAAUAUUACUUUGCGCUCACUCUGUCAGGAGCAUCGUGUGCAACACAAACCAUCUGACAACUUUCAAUGGCCUGAUGACAUCUUCUAAGUUUUGCACCAACUUGGAGUUCUGGGUCUUUUUUUUUUCUCUCCUUUUUUUGAGUGCAGAAUAAUACCCUCUUUUGCCUUCUUUUACGACCAACCUUACGAAUGUGACGAUUUGUUUUCGAUAUUUGCAUUUCAAUGAUGAUACGCAGUCGGGAACGGAGCAAUGUGUUAUGCUAUGCUUUCUUUCUUGUGAGCGGACACGUCUUGCAAUGCUGUAUGAGUUGUCUUUCUUUUCUUCUCCAUUCGAGGAAUCGGAGUCUGUUAUUUCCUCCUUUUUGCUUCAUGUUUGGACGAUUCAAUGUGCCCUCUUGGCGUUGGGAUAGUUGACGCUGACGUUCAUGUUUGAAUGAAAGAGUAUUGAGUCAUGAAAUUGAUUUAUUUCCCGAAAGACUGGAUCGUAUCAUUCGGGAUAUCGUAGAUAUGUAAACUUACAGGGGUAGGGAUGAUAGAAUCUGCUAGAUAUCUAGAUCCUUCGGAUGUAGGUCAAUAGGAG